AUGGCGGACACUGUCUUGAAGCAUCGAGCUGAGUUUGCCUUUGCUCAGCUUGAGAACGAGAGAGUGUUGACAUCUCUGCGUGACGAGCUAAGGGUAGCUCGUGUAGAUAUCGACCGGUCUCGGGCUGAGAUAACUGCUCUUCAGACCCUUGUUGAUAUCCAUCAUCGGGAGCACAAGGCUCUCUGUGAGAUACUUGAGCGCAAGGGCGUUCUUCAUCAGAAGAAACAGCUUACUGAUGGUACGGCUUAA